UUCUGGCCGGCGUGAGUGAGCGAGUUUGGCUUUUAAGAUGGCGGCUGCGGCGGGCUUGGAGUUCCAGCGCGCCCAGUCUUUGCUGAGCACCGAUCGCGAGGCCUCCAUCGGCAUUCUACACUCCAUAGUGAAACGUGAUGUUCAAGAGAAUGAUGAAGAAGCAGUCCAAGUCAAAGAACAGAGCAUUCUGGAACUCGGGAGUCUCUUGGCCAAGACAGGACAAGCAGAAGAGCUUGGAGGACUUCUGAAGUAUGUGCGUCCUUUCUUAAACUCCAUUAGCAAGGCAAAGGCAGCCCGUCUGGUUCGGUCCCUGCUAGAUCUAUUUCUAGAUAUGGAAGCUGCAACAGGACAAGAGGUUGACCUAUGUCUUGAAUGCAUUGAAUGGGCCAAAUCGGAGAAGAGGACAUUCCUGCGCCAAGCUCUGGAGGCAAGACUGGUUUCUUUGUAUUUUGAUACAAAAAGGUAUCAAGAAGCAUUGCAGUUAGGCUCACAGCUUUUGCGGGAGUUAAAGAAGAUGGAUGACAAGGCCUUGUUGGUGGAAGUGCAGCUAUUAGAGAGCAAAACUUACCAUGCUUUGAGCAAUCUGCCAAAAGCCAGAGCAGCAUUAACCUCUGCCCGAACCACAGCCAAUGCAAUAUAUUGUCCACCCAAGUUGCAGGCAGCACUGGAUAUGCAAUCAGGUAUUAUCCAUGCAGCAGAAGAAAAGGAUUGGAAGACAGCAUAUUCUUACUUCUAUGAGGCAUUUGAAGGUUAUGAUUCUAUUGACAGCCCCAAAGCCAUCACUGCGUUGAAGUAUAUGCUGCUGUGCAAGAUCAUGUUAAACUCACCUGAGGAUGUGCAGGCAUUGGUGAGUGGGAAGCUUGCAUUGCGGUAUGCAGGCAGACAGACAGAAGCACUGAAAUGUGUAGCUCAAGCCAGUAAGAAUCGAUCACUGGAUGAUUUCAAAAAGGCACUGAAAGAUUAUAAAAUGGAACUCAGGGAUGACCCCAUCAUCAGCACACAUUUGGGCAAACUGUACGAUAACUUAUUGGAACAAAACCUCAUCCGGGUUAUUGAGCCUUUCUCCAGAGUUCAGAUUGACCACAUAUCUAGCCUUAUCAAGUUAUCAAAGGCAGAUGUGGAAAGAAAGCUCUCUCAGAUGAUCCUGGACAAAAAAUUCCAUGGGAUUCUUGACCAAGGGGAAGGUGUCCUGAUUAUUUUUGAUGAACCACCUGUAGACAAAACAUACGAAGCUGCUCUGGAGACCAUUCAGAAUAUGAGUAAAGUAGUGGAUUCAUUAUACAACAAAGCCAAGAAGCUAACAUAGAGUUGAAAACUGUUGGCUGUUUGGAGCGUUGGUGCGUGAAACCUUUGGGGGUGGGUGGAACAAAAGGCUUAGAAGAUGGUGGGAGGGGGUUUGGGUUCCCCACACCCCUUUUGCUCUCCUUCUUACUCAAAAAGUUUAAGACAGCCUUUCCCAACCAGGUGGCCUCCAGAUGGGUUGGAACUACAGGUUUUUGAAUUCCUAAUCAACAUGGCCAGGGAUUCUAGGGUUUGUAGUCCCAAUAUAUUUGGAGUCCACCAGGGUAGGGAAGGCUGUUUUAAGACUUCCUCAUCUGAUCCAUCUUGUCUAUACAAUUGUGUGUUCCAGUUUCCAUGUAACCUGCUGAACUUUGUACUGGGAUGGGGAAAUAAUGUUUUUUUAAAAAAAGAAAUGUUUUUUUUGGGGGGGAGGGAAGCAGUGGCAGCAUUCUAAAUAAAAGGAGUGAGGCAUAUGGUACUUUUAAAAAUGAAUAAACUUGCUUUUAAUUUUUUUGAAGGUGGCAAAGGGAUAGGCCAAGAUGUCUUGUAAAUCACAAGAACCCAGCCACACAAAAUUCCUGCAUAGAAGUUAUUUCUUGUGUGCAUUGUGUCCAACAUGAUUGUCUACAGGUGUACAUGCACUGGGUAAUCAAGGUUGAUUACUGCAUCUAAGCAUGUGCCCAGGUAGCAAAUGUCCAUGAGGGCAUGUUGGUUUCCCACAAAAUCCCUCCAUAGCAUUGUAUUCUAUGUAGGAAUUUUGUCAUCUGCAAAGAAUAAAAUUAGAAAUUGGGAACUAUAUUAACUUCAUGUUCAGAAUUCAGGAGUCAGAGUGGCUAAGCCACAUCCAUCUUCACACUUAUUGAAGAAUCAAUAAAAAAAUAUUACAGGCCUCUGUCAUCCUUAAGUGCCCCAUCUACAAUUCUAAGGCCUUAUCACAUGGGGCCUGCUUAAAAUACAGUUUUCCAUAACAGUAAAAGGGCAGAAAAUAGCCACUCUUGAACAGUGGUACUCAAGAUUUCCUGAUUCUGUACUGCAUGCUUUUUUUUUAAAGGCUAGAAUGUACUUGCCUUUUAAUUUUGCAAGAGAUGCCAUUGAAAGUACAGUUGAGCUUCUGUUCCUAAUUGUUGAUUUCUUUAGAAAACAGUAGAUGGGUUUUGACGGAAGGCUGGUUUGGGCCAUCCAGAGGUAUUUUUAACCUUUGUUCCAUUCCCUGAGCAUCAAGAAUAAAGCAGCCCUUUGAGGGUGAGGGCAUGGCUGCAUAUUAUACUACCCAUGUGGCUGCUAUCUGAAACUGCAUUCUUCUGUUACUGUGCCAGAUACCUAAGGGGAUUUACUGAGGAACAGAUUUCCUAAAGUUUACCAUACUGUCAUUUCAGGAGUGAAUUUCCUCAUAGUCUGUUUUAAGGAUCGAGUAACUAGUUGCUCCAAUCCCAAAUUAAUCUGACUACUAGAUAUAAUGGUGGAGCAAGUAAUAAUUAUUGAAUUUUCUGGCAGCCUGUCUGUUGCAGUGGUAGAAGGGAUUCCUGCCUGCUCCAUGAUUACUUCCAGAAAACAAUUGUUGGCCAUACACAUUUCAUCAGGGAGAGGGGAGAACUUUUCAGAGGCAACCCUGCAGCAAGAGUAAAGCAGCCAUCUAACUCCUGGUGCCCACAAAUUAUCUUGGAUUUCAACUCCAGUAAUUCCCAAGCUGGCAUGGUCUGAGGAGCCUGUGGGAGGGGAGGGGGAAUCCUAGAGUGAAGGAGACUGCUGUAAAUGAUUUGCCUCUUAAAACUGUCUCUGUUCAAAUCUAGAGGAACUUUAGAGUGGUGGUUUUGUGUAGGAGAGACGGCACUCUUCACCCUGGUGUUUUGUCAUUGAAUAAUGAAGUUAUAUUUAAGGUGUUGCUUGACAUAUGAGUAGUGUAACCUUCCACAUCAUUGCCCUCAUCUUCCAUUUUCUUUCUCUGCUUUCUCAUAAUUAUUUUGUAAACUUGCUUCUCCUACGCCACAAAUUUUUUUUGCAUACGCAUGAUAUCUCUUAACUGGCUGUAUCUACCCCUUUUUUAAUGCUGCUUUUUUCUUUAUUUUUUUCUUUUGUGUACUUAGCAUUUUUAAAGUUUCACUCUGUGUCAGCCAAUUCAAAUGUUCUGGGGAGAGGAGGGCUUGGGUUUUUUGUUUCUUUGGUCUUGGGGGAGGGUUUGGCACCAUGAAUUUCAAAAUGUACAAAUGGUUCACGCUAAUACACACCAGGUAUAUCUGAUGUUCAGAU